AUGGCCGUGGCAAUGAACAAUAGCGACAAAUACUGCGCCGGUUGUGGGACGCGUUUGGUCGUGCGGGACCACGAAGGACGCAAUCUGCCCGUGUGCCCGACGUGCGGGCGGGUGGUUUACUACGAUCCGAAACUGGCGGCCGCGUGCGUCAUCGAGCGGGACGGGCAGACGCUGAUGGUCAGACGGGCGGUGCAAACGGGCUACGGCCUGUGGAGCAUGCCGGGAGGUUAUGUCGACCGGGGCGAACCGGUAGAGACGGCAGCGGCGAGGGAAGUAGUGGAGGAGACGGGCCUGCUGGUGCAGGUGCAGGAACUGAUCGGGUUGUUUUCGGAUGCCGGCAAUCCGGUGGUGGUCGCCGCGUACUCGGCGACGGAGGUUGGGGGCGUGCUCGCGCCCGGACCCGAAUCGCUUGACGUGGGGUUUUUCCCGAUUGAUGGAUUGCCGCCCCUGGCGUUCCCACGGGACGAACAGAUCAUCAGGCGAUGGCAACGGAUUCGAGACCACCAACCCUGA